UAAUGUUUACUUAUUUUUCAAAAAGAUUCUUGUGAUGCCAUCAGAUCUUCACAAUAUGGGAGUUGACAUAUGUACCAAUUCUUGUCACUGGUUGGAAAUCUGUAGAGUUCAGACUUCUUUUUACAAAGUGGCACAUGCCUGGAAUAUGCAGCAUUCUCAGGAAUUCAUAUUGGUUGGAAACAAUGACGACUUUCUACAUUUACCCAGGAUCAUACUCAACAUUCUUGACUGAGGAAGCCAAGUGGAUGGAGGCUUAUGAUUUUGAUGGUAAGGAUUACUGGAAGUCAAAAAAUGGCGAUUUCCGUGGCCUUAGGAAGUACCUCAAGACCGUUAUGAUAUAUGGAUAUGUAACUGAGCCAUAUGUAUUGGAGCUUAUUGAAUUUCUAUUGAAGAAUGCCUUGGUCCUGGAAAAGAUGGUCAUUUCCACCAAGAGGACUCUCCAGCCCAUUCACCAAUAUGAAUUAUUCAAAGACGCUGUUUCCGAUCAGGAGGAUCGAUUCACUCCUGAGGAACUACUUCAGUUUUCUCAGAAACUGUUAACUCUUCCAAGGGCCUCCAAGUCUGCUGUAAUUCAGUUCUGCUAAUGAUUAUAUUGUACCGUUAAUCCCGAGAUCAAUU